CACGUGAUCAUUAACGCUCCUGGCACAGCUCUCUUGUGACUAGUGCUUGAGUGGCGAAGGGAAAGCGGAAGGAACAGCAGACAUCGGGAGAAAAAUACAGUCAGUCUGGUUUGUCUUUCAGAGGGAUCAAAGAAACCAGGAACAGGAUUGAUAUGCAGAUCUAUAAAAUGCCUCUCCUCCUCAUCACCACUGGCUCUCCCACCUCCAUACUUUUGCAGAGACACUGACUGGUCUCAGACCCUGAAGGAGAUAUAUAAACCAGUCCGGUUUUAACGAUGUGUGGGCUCCACAAAGGACCAGAUUAAUUUCUCUCAGACUCAACCUGUUUUCUUCUGGUUUUCCCUCCUCUCCUUACUUCAGUUUUCUGUUUGAAAGGUUGAUUUGCAGAGGAAAGCAAAUUCAGAUCUGAUAUUCACUCUGUUUAUUCUAACCUAUUUAUCUCAGGAUUUUGAACAUUGAGGGGGGAAAAGUACCAUUUACACUUGAGAGAAACACAAGUAAUCAACAUGUGGGAGAGUCUGUGAAGAUUUUUCAGAAAUGUCCAAACGCCAGCGCAGUCACACUGCGGAGAGACUGUGGAAAUGUGGGGAUUGUGGGAAGGGAUUUUUUUACCCAUGCCAGCUGGAAAUUCACCAACGCAGUCACACUGGGGAGAAGCCUUUCACCUGCUCUGAUUGUGGGAAAAGAUUCACUCGGUCAUCUGACAUGUUCAAACAUCAGCGAGUUCACACAGGGGAAAGACCAUUCACCUGCUCUGAUUGUGGAAAAGGAUUCAGUCAGUCAUCUGAACUGCUGAGACAUCAGCGAGUUCACACUGGGGAGAAACCAUUCACCUGUUCUGAAUGUGGAAAAGGAUUCAGUCAGUCAUCCAGUCUACUAGAACACAAGCGAUUUCACACUGGGGAGAGACCAUUCACCUGUUCUGAAUGUGGGAAAGGAUUCACUCACUCAUCUAACCUACUGAUACACCAGCGAGUUCACACUGGGGAGAAACCGUUUAUCUGUUCUGAGUGUGGGAAGGGAUUCACUCGGUCAUCAAGUCUGCUGGUACAUCAGCGAGUUCACACUGGGCAGAGCCCAUUCAUAUGUUCUGAAUGUGGGAAAGUAUUCACUUGCUCAUCAAAACUGUUGACACACCAGCGAGUUCACACUGGGGAGAAACCAUUUACCUGUUCUGACUGUGGGAAGGGAUUUACUAGAUCAUCCAGCCUGCUGAUACAUCAGCGAGUUCAUACUGGAGAGCGACCAUUCACUUGUUCUGAGUGUGGGAAAGCAUUCACUCAGACAACUCACCUGCUGAUUCACCAGCGCGUUCACACUGGAGAAAAACCAUUCACCUGCUGUGACUGUGGGAAGGGAUUUGCUCGGUCAUCUAACCUGCUGAUACAUCAGCGAGUUCACUCUGGGGAGAGACCAUUCACCUGCUCUGAUUGUGGGAAGCGAUUCACUCAUUCAUCUAACCUGCUGAUACAUCAGCGAGUUCAUACUGGGGAGAGACCAUUCACCUGUUCUGAGUGUGGAAAGAGAUUCACUCGAUCAUCCAACCUGUUAACACACCAGCAAAUUCACAAAGAACCACUGGCUUAAAAGAUUUUGCUCUGACUCAAUGAACUCUGGUCUUUGGGGCAUUGUGCUGAUGUUAUUAAUCCUUGCUCAAUUAAAUGUGCUGAAAGUACAGAUAAAUGUUCAUAACAAUUAGUGUAAUGUAGGCUAUGUGUCGGAAAAUGUGUUGUUGGAAAAGCACAGCAGGUCAGGCAGCAUCCGAGGAGCAGGAGAAUCGACGUUUCAGGUCAGAGCCUUUCAUCAGGAAUGAUGCAUGGCCCGAAACAUUGAUUCUCCUGCUCCUCAGAUGCUGCCUGACCUGCUGUGCUUUUCCAGCAACACAUUCUCGACUCUGAUCUCCAGCAUCUGCAGACCUCACUUUCUCCUAUAUGUCGGAAAAGACCACCAUGUCGCUGUGUGUCAACGUGUGCAGACUGGGUAAAGUGUAUGAAAAAGGAUUUCCUGGUUCAUCAGGACUGGGUAAUCACCUAUGAGUUCCCAAUUAACUGUAGGGAUUGGUUCUUUGAUGCUACUGUUACCUAUAUCCUAACCAAGUUUUCUGUGCCUGCUUCUGAUAAUGUUUGUAAAUAUAUGUCUGGUUACCUGUGUGCUAGAAAAGUGAUAUAAAUCAGCUUUUUGUAAAAACUUGUGCAUCAAGUCUUUAUCCUAUCUGUAAAGCAGACUCAUUUAUUUUGACAGGAUCUCCAUCUCCUCCAUUGAGUGUCACCUGGAGUUUGAGUCAAUCAGUCUGCUUUACAUGAGCGCAUAAAAAUACGCAUGCUGGAAAUUAGAAACAAAAACAGAAAUUGCUGGAAAAGCUCAAUGGGUCAGGCAGCAUCUGUGGUGAGAAAUCAGAAUUAACAUAUCAGGUCCAAUGAUCCCUUUCUGUAAGGGACCUGAUCAGCUUUCCUAGCAAUUUUUGUUUUUGCAUCCUAUGAGAAGUUGGGAGACGGCACAUCCAGAGUGAGGGGGAGCCCAUAAUGCUCCACCGUGCCUAAGGCCUAUAGUUCAUAGAAUCCCGACAGCAUGGAACCUGGCCAUUAUGGUCCACAUUGACACUCCGGAGAGCAACCGAACCAGACCCUCCAUCCCCACCCUAUUAGUCUACAUUAACAUCUAACUAAUGCAUCUAAUCUAUAUAGCUCUGGACAUUAUGGGCAACUUAGAAUGGCCAGUUCACCUAACCUGCUCAUCUUUGGAUUGUGGGAGGAAACUGGAGCACCUGGAGGAAACCCACGCAGACAUGGGAGAAUGUCCAAACACUCACAUUGAACCUGGGUCCCUGGCGCUGUGAGGCAACAGUGCUAACCACCGAGUCACCAUGCUACUGUUUUCCCAUUUGUUGCAAACAUAGGACUGAGAGUUUCUAAUUUGCAUUUAGCAGCCCACACUGGCUGUUUAUAAAACCUCCCCGUCCAGACUGACUCCUCUUCACUCUUAGACACUUGCUUUAUAUCUCUGCACAAAUGGUCACGUGUCAUUCCACUUGCCCUGCCCCUCAUUCACUCCUAUCGGUUGGAGGACCGGCCGCUCAGACUUGCUCUGCCACCUGUGUCCACUCUCCUAUUGCUCUGUGAGCUGCCGGACCCCAUUGUGAGGUGAGUGAUGGGGUUCUUCCUCUCUCUGUCCUGGGAUGAUCUGCUUCAUUCACAAUGAAUGGUGCAGAAUCAUAGAGCAGAGGCUAUUCCACCCAUCGGGGGUGUACUCUUUCAUUUGAGAAAUGCUGCAUAUCUAUCCCAACUUCACUGCUAUUGUUAUGUCACAGUGUAAACCCCUCUGCUAGUUUGAACAUGACACACAGAAGCUCACCUCGUGCUGUAGUCUGUUAAAUUAUGAGAGGCAAAGAACUAUCCCAGAGGUCACUAUUUAAAGUAAAAAUUAACAGUUUUAUUCUUUACGUCCAACAGAGAACAUUAAAACAAUGGCUAUUUUGCAAUUCCUUUCUCUUAAACCUAUCUUUUACCUCCCACUGGUCUGAUAAAUUCCCUCACAAUCAACUUCAAACCCAAGGAUAGUCUUUGGAUGUUGAACGUUCUCUGUAGAUUCCUCUAGGUCGACUUCGGCGUUCUGCUGCACAAAUUUCUUAUACACAGGUACCUUAGUGAUUUUUGAGAAGGUUUGUAGCUCAGGUUGAGGUUCUGAAUGUAGGUUUGCUUACUGAGCUGAAAGGUGCUGAGCAAAUCCACAGGUACCUUUCUGAGAGCUAUUCAACUAGCAGUCUGUUUGUUGGUGCUCGUAGCUGUUCUCCUCCAACUGUUCAGCGUCCAAUUUUAUAUCCCAAAACAUCGGAUCAUUUCAUUGAUUUGAUGUCAUCCCAAACAGUAAAAUUCAAAUUCGAUUGGAUUUUGGUAUCUGGGGCAAAAUUUAAACUGAUUUUGAAUGUUUCGUUUCAUGGCAACUCAGGUGCACUAUUGCUUUCACAGUUAAAUGUUACAUUUUAAAUUCUUCAGCACUCCCUGUGCCUGCAGUCAAUCCUUGCCAGCUUUUCAACUCUCCUAAGGAUACAGUACACGCCUACACUUCAUAACAUAUUUGCCCAGAGCCCUCCCAAAUCUGUGUCCCUUUUUCUAGUUCCCUGGGGUUCUUCCUUCAUCGGUUCCCCACACAUUAGUCACUCAUUAAUCAGCUCAUUUCCGAACUGCUUUCAGAUCUGACAAAGGGUCACUGGACUGGACACUUUCUCUGUCUUUACAUCAUAGAUGCUGCCAGACCUGCAAAGUUUCUCCACUAAUUUGUUUGUUUUAGAUCUCUAGCAUUUGCAGUUCUUUGUAUAACUUGACCCUGAAAUCUUUCCUUAAUAAA